AUGGACGUUCCUCCAGUCAUGGACUCCACACUACCACCACCAGGAUGGGUUCGUAUUGAAUUGGAACCGGUGAACAUCCCAUUAGAACAUGAUGAUUCAAUACUUUUAUCAGCCAUACAAUCUGUUAUACCUGGCGCACAUGGGCUUUAUUACAAAGAUGAGGAUCGCAAAAAGGCCUUGAAAUAUAAUGGCGCGACUGGCUGUAUAUUAAAGGGUCCCGCAGGCUGGAAUUCUAAGCCUAUUUACGUUGUACUUGCACACGGAUGCCGUCAUUUCAACAAUAUUGGUACUGCUGGACAGUAUGAUGUCGCCACAGAACGGUUCGAAAAAACUGUUAAUUUGAUACAACGUAUGUUAGCUGAUCAAUGGAUGCCGUCUCAUCUAUACAGAAAGGAUGCUUCAAUUGGAUCAGUAGACUGUAAGUAUGGUGGUAACAGAUUAUUGUCGCAUGAUGCGCAAAUUGCCAAUGAAAGUGAUUGCAAAGCUCGAACUGAUGAAGAGGAACGAGGCAACGGAUCUUUUAUCGCCGGAAAUUGCUCAAAAACAUCGAUUGAUAUCCAGAAGCCUCAGGCGGAGGAUGAUAUCCCGAAGCAGAGUGACUUACGAAUGGAAACAUCGAAAUACAAUACAGGAAAGGAAGAAGGAACGGGAAAUGAGGACAUAUUUGAGAAAUUGAAACGCCAGAAGGAAAGAGCUGAAUAUCAGCUGAUCGAAAAGGGAAAAAAAAUGAAUUAUUUGAAACAAAUAAUCAGUGAUUUGGAAUCAAAAUUAAGCGAGCAUAAACGGCAUUUUGAUGCUACUCAAGACAGGGUCAAAGAUUUGGAGAUAAUGCUGGAUGAAGAAAGAAAUAAAGCACAAUCAUUAGCGAACCUCAACGCGGAAUUAAACACAAAAUUCGAAAGUCUUUCACUUGAUCGACAGCCUGAAAUCGGGUACGAUAGACUACAACAGUGGUCAAAUGAGGCAAUCGAUGAGAAAAAUUAUGAAAUUGAUAGAAUGAAUAAACAGAUCAACGAUUUGAAAUGGAGCCUCGGAGAACAUAAACAGUGGUUAGAGGACGCAAACGACAGGACAAAUCAUUUGGAAAAUGUGUGCAAAGAAAAAGAUUACGUGAUUAAUGACUUGACGAAUAAAUUACGUGACUUCGAACAUCGUCUUUUCGACGCUUCAGCUUUUCAAAGCACGGAAAAAUUGGAUUCUUUGAUCAACGAUCUGCGCAAAGAAAUUGAUGAGAAGAAUAAUUACAUCGAACAGCUAGAAAAGGCCAAGAAUGAUGCACAGUGGUACCUUGGCGAACAUCAAUGUUGGCUACAAGAUGCGAAUGCUAGAAUUGGCAUUCUAGAAAAUGAAAAAUUAAAAGGAUGGCGAAAAGUACAUGAAUUGGAGGAAAUGCUUAAUCAGGGUGGAAAUGGCGAUUAUAGCGAAAUGAAAGCAAAAAUGGAAGAGUUGCAACAAAAGACGGAAGACAAAAAAUAUGAAUGUGAUAAAUUAAAUGAAGAAAAAGAUGAAAUGAAAGUUAGUCUCGAGAAGUAUAAAGUCUGGCUAGAAGAUGCUGAAAAAAG